GAAAGAAAAAAAAAGUUUUAAAAACAUUGUCCACCCAUUGUUAGAAAUUAAGAAAAAUCAAAGCAUAUAGUAUAAACCAUGUCUAGUGAAAAAUCUAUUCUUGAAUACUCCAAUUUAGCCAACAACAAUAAUCCAAAUUGCUAUUUGAUGUCACAAAAUUGGUGGCCACAAGUAGACAAUAAUAACAAUAAUACAAUUUUUCAUCCAAUUUCUACUAAUUCAUCUUUGUCUUCAUGUAAUACAAAUAGAAGUUCAUCAUGUGAAGAAGAUGUUAUAUCUAUUUCUAAUAAUAAUAAUGGAAAUAGUGUAACAAAUAAUAAUAAUAAUCUUCAUCAAUAUCAAUUUCUACUUGGUGUUGAUGAGAUUAAUAAUAGUUCUUUGAUUAGUGGAGAAAUUGCUGCUAAUUCUCAUGAUCACAAUCAACAUAUUUGGAGCCAACUUCUCUUAAGCAACAGUACUACUAGUGGAACAAGUGGGAGCAUUAAUACUAAAAAUCUAUUGGAAAACAAUAUGGAGAUGAGUUUAUUAGAUGGUGGAUCAACAACAACCUUAAUCACCUCUAAAUCUUGUUUUAAUCACAAUCAAUUAGCUAAUACUGAUGAUGAUGAUGAUGAUUAUACAUUUCAUCCUUAUAGUAAUCUUCUUGGAAGGCCACUUAAUUAUUAUACAAAUAAUAAUAAUAAUGAUACGGACUCUAUGUUUCCAAUGAGAAGUGAUCAAAUUGCUCAUCAUCAAGAAGUGGAUAAUUCAAGAAACUUGGCUAGUAUUUGUUUUGGUGAUUAUUUAAGCAAUAAGCCAUUGGUGGACUUCAAACCAAGUCUCAAAACUUUGAAUUUGGCACAACAUAAGAAGAAUAUUGGGCUACAACAACCUUAUAUAAGCAAGUCUAGGGGUACAAUAUCAACAUGCAACACAUUGAAGAGAAGCAAUGGAAGAUCACAAGAAUAUAAUCCAAGUGAGGGAAAAAAGAGGAAAUUAGAAGAUAAUUUAGAGACUAAUUCAAAAAGGCAAAAGAAUGAAAAUUCUGCAGUUACAUCUACAAAGACACAAGUUCCUAAAGUGAAGCUUGCAGACAAAAUUACAGCUCUCCAACAAAUUGUCUCUCCAUUUGGAAAGACUGAUACCGCAUCCGUUUUGUGGGAAACAAUCAACUAUGUUAGAUUCUUACAAGAGCAAAUACAGCUACUGAGCCAUGCCUACAUGAAGAACAAUACAUGCAAGGAAAGGUAUUGGGGAGGAUUUGAUAGAAAAGAAGUUGAUUUAAGGAGCAAAGGACUUUGUUUAGUUCCCAUUUCAUGUACCCCUCAAAUAUAUCAUGAGACUAAUAAUGGAUCUGAUUAUUUAAUCCCAUCAUAUAGAGGAUGUUUGUAUAGAUAAUUAAGUAUUUAAGUUAUAUAUCAUUAUGUCAUCAGUGUAAGAAAUUUUUAUAUAUUAUGAUCAGGACAUAUAACUGAUAUUUAUAGCUAGGUAAGCUUCUUUAAAAUGUAAGUUAAUUAUGUUAUCUUGAAAAUGAAUCAGAUUAAUUA